AUGGUCCCCGAAGAAGCUCGUCUCCGCGUUGUGAUCGUCGGAGCUGGUCUCAGUGGUAUCGCAACCGCAAUCUCAGCCGCCCUCUCAGGACACUCAGUCGAGGUCAUCGAACAAGCGAAGGAACUCGCCGAGGUAGGAGCCGGUCUGCAAAUCACACCAAACGCUUCGCGUUUACUGCAAUACUGGAAGCUUCCUGCCUCUCUCUGGGAGGCAGCUGCAGAGCCUACCAAGUUGACUGUGCACCGGUACUCCGGCAAAGUCCUCGCACACGAUGAUGCCUUUGAUAAGGGAAUUCGCGCCAAGUAUAAUGCCCCGUUUGUCGAUCUGCACCGAGUAGAUCUUCAGCAAUCGUUGUAUGCGCGAGCACAAGACCUGGGUGUCACUUUCCACCUUGGUGAGAGAAUCGAGAAGAUCGACUUUGAGACAACGACUGUGCACUCUGUCGCUGGAAAGCGCUUUGUGGGAGAUCUUAUUAUUGCGGCUGAUGGUCUGUGGUCUAAGUGUCGUGAGGCAUUCGUUGGCAAGAAGGAUGAGCCUAUUCCCACGGGUGAUUUGGCUUACCGGAUUGUUUUGACUGCUGACCAGAUCUCUGAUCCGGAUCUGAAAGCCUUGGUUGAGAAUCCUGAGGUUCAUUUCUGGAUCGGACCUGGUGCUCAUGCUGUGGGUUAUUCGCUGCGUGGAGGACAGAUGUAUAAUAUCGUCCUCUUGGUGCCAGACAACCUUCCACCAGGUGUCUCAAAGCAGACUGGCUCUGUGGAUGAGAUGAAGGAACUUUUCGUUGGCUGGGAUCCAAUCUUGAACAAGUUCUUGACUUACGUGGAGACUGUUGAUAAGUGGAAGUUGAUGCAUCACGGUGAAAUGGAGAACUGGGUUAAUGACAAGUCUAAUCUCGUUUUCAUUGGAGACUCAUGUCACCCCAUGUUACCCUACCUAGCCCAAGGCGCCAACUCCUCCCUGGAAGAUGGUGCCGUUCUCGGCUUACUUCUGGGCCACAUGACAAACAAGGAACAGUUGCCUCGCAUCCUUCGAGUAUAUGAGAGCCUCCGCAAAGCCCGAGGAGAGGCUAUUGUGCGUGAGACAUUCAAGCAGCGUCAUGACUUCCACAUGCAAGAUGGAGAAGAGCAAGAAAAGCGAGACCAAGUCUUCCUGUCCCAAAUCGGAAAGGAGAUCAAGGGCGCAUUCCCUAGUCGAUGGACAUGUCCAGAGGUUCAGCCUUGGCUGUAUGGAUACGAUGCUAUCAAGGAGGUUGAGAAAGCCGUGGCCCAGAACCCAGACGUAUUCGCCCAGGCUUCUAAGUCUCUCAAGUCGUUCUGUACCAUUUUAUAA